UCCACUCAAGAAAAAUCAUUUUUUCCGCGCACAAAAGUCAACUCUCUCUCAUCUUCUUUUUCGUCCUCGUCUCUCUGUUCUGCAUCUCUGCCAUGGAUGAACAUCCUCUGGUUCAGUCUCAGCUUGAAUUUCCCCAAGAACGUUGAUUUCUCCAUCUGGAUCUUUUAGACAUCUGUGAAAAGGAUUGAACUUUUUGCCUGACAAGGAUUGAAUUUCUUCAUGGGUAACGGUGUCGGAAAGCUGAGUGUAUGUUUCACCGGGGGACAACCCCGCCGGAAAAAGGACAUGUCGGUUCUGGUGCCGGAUCCUCUCGACGAAGGCUUGGGUCACUCCUUCUGCUACGUUCGACCCGACCCGACCAGGCUUUCCUCUUCGAAAGUUCACUCCGAGGAAGAGACAACGACGUUCCGUACAAUCUCCGGCGCCUCCGUCAGCGCCAACGCGGCGACUCCGCUCUCCACUUCCCUCUACGACCCGUACGGACACAUGGACCGCGCCGCGGCGUUCGAGAGCACGACGUCGUUUUCGUCCAUCCCCCUGCAACCGAUCCCGAGAAGCAUGAUGAGUUCGGGCCCAAUAGUCCCGGGUUCAGGUCCGAUCGAGAGAGGUUUCCUUUCGGGUCCGAUCGAGAGGAAUUUCAUGUCGGGUCCGUUAGAUCGGGUCGGGUUAUUCUCCGGCCCGCUUGAAAAAUCCGGCUCCGAUCAGUUCCAACGAAGCUUCUCCCAUGGAGGUGUAGCUUUCCAGGUUGGGUCUAGGAAAGGGUCGUUGAUUCGAGUGCUUCGGCGUGCAAUAUCGAAGACGAUAGCUCGAGGACAAAACUCGAUCGUCGCUCCGAUCAAAGGAGUGAUAUCGGUCAAAGAAACCGACUGGAUUAUCGGGUCGGAUAAAAACCGAAUCCACCAAACCCAGCAGCACAACGAGAAUCUCACCGUCAAUAGCUUGAACUUUAGCAGCGAUGGAAGCUUAGACGACGACGUUUCGUUGCAAAGCCAGAACCUUCAGUGGGCUCAGGGGAAAGCCGGCGAGGAUCGAGUUCACGUCGUCGUGUCGGAGGAGCAUGGAUGGCUUUUUGUCGGGAUCUACGACGGGUUCAACGGGCCAGAUGCGCCGGAUUAUCUACUCUCGCAUCUGUAUCCGGCCGUUCAUCGGGAGCUGAAGGGUUUGUUAUGGGACGAUCCGAAGAUCGACCCUAAAGCUCCGGAGUUUCCUCCUGAGAUCGAUUCGGAGAGAACUUGUGGAGACGAAUCGUGUUCGAACUGCGUUGAUCAGGACAAUAAUCCUUGUCCGAGCGGGUGCACUGAUUCGGGAACUGGCAAAUCGGGGAAGAAAUCGAAGAACAAUGAUCGGACAUCGAGGAAAUUGGAGGAGAAUCAGCGACGGUGGAGGUGCGAGUGGGACAGAGAGAGGCUCGACCUCGACCGUCUACUGAAGGAGCAGAUGAAUCGGAGUAGUGGGUCGCAGCGAUCGCCGGCGACAAACCAUUCGGAUGUUCUCAAAGCUCUGUCACGAGCUCUGAGGAAGACGGAAGAAGCGUACUUGGAGAUUGCAGACAAGAUGCUCGAUGAAAAUCCCGAACUAGCUUUGAUGGGUUCCUGUGUUCUGGUGAUGCUGAUGAAAGGUGAAGAUGUUUACGUGAUGAAUGUUGGUGAUAGUAGAGCUGUCUUAGGGCAGAAAGCCGAGCCAGAUUACUGGUUAUGGAAGAUAAAGCAGGACUUGGAACGGAUCAACGAAGAAACCAUGAACGAUUGUGACGGGGAACGAUCCAGUUUGGUCCCAAAUUUAUCAGCUUUGCAACUCACAGUUGAUCACAGCACAAGCGUAGAUGAGGAAGUGAAGAGAAUCAAGAACGAGCACCCGGACGAUGCUUACGCUGUGUCGAAUGAACGAGUGAAAGGCAGCUUGAAGGUCACAAGAGCUUUCGGUGCCGGAUUCCUCAAGCAGCCUAAAUGGAACAAUGCACUUCUUGAGAUGUUUCGGAUAGAUUACAUCGGGAAAUCUCCCUACAUCAACUGCUUGCCGUCUCUAUACCACCACAGAUUAGGCCCUAAAGACCGGUUUCUGAUACUAUCAUCAGAUGGCCUCUACCAAUACUUCACGAACGAAGAAGCCAUCUCAGAAGUUGAGCUCUUCAUCACUUUACAACCGGAAGGAGACCCGGCUCAACACCUCGUCGAGGAACUUCUCUUCCGUGCCGCCAAGAAAGCGGGUAUGGAUUUCCAUGAAUUGCUGGAGAUACCUCAAGGGGAGCGGAGACGGUACCACGACGAUGUUUCCAUAAUAGUGAUUUCUUUAGAAGGAAGAAUGUGGAAAUCUUGUGUAUAAAAAAACCGGAGUGUUUGGUCUCUGAGUUGAGGCCGGAUCGAUAACAUCUGAUGUCAUUUUUUCAGUUCGAGUUUCAGGGUCGAUAGCUCGAGCUCUCAUCGACCCUGAAACCCUAAAAAAGGGCUCAGAGAGAUGUGCUUCAGCUCGGAUCGAUCAUGUAUUAUGCUGUUAAUAAAACACCAAAGAAAAGUUUUGCCUCUCUU